AUGGCCGCGUCCAAAGAUAUUCUUUUCUGGACGCCCAGCGGACAAUUACUUCGAAAUAAACGCACUAUUCCCGUCACAAACAUCGCUGAGCUAGUUGAGUAUGUGUUACUCCCUCAUAACAAUGAAGUUACCAAGCCUCGUGGGCUGAAUACGUUUCUAGAUGGACUGGCGGAGUUAGGGAUAGGUAAAGGUUUAAUCAAGAACAAAAAGUUGUUAAGUGAUUUAAUAGAAAAGGAAAAAGGCUACCAAAAUGUAGAAAAUACUUCCGAUAACGAGAGUAAUAAUGAGGAGAGUUCAUCGGGUAUUGAAAAUCAGGAGGAGGAAGUGGCUUCUGACAAUGGCGCUGAAGCUGAAGGCAUCCAAGAGAGCGACAACGACACUGAAAACGACAGUCAGGAGAUAGAAAGUAGUAACCCUGAAACGACCACCACCUUUCACUCCAAACGUCCCUGUGAACACUGCGAG